GGAGAGAGCUCUGGAUGCUGGUGCGGGAGGCUUUCACCCACUGGGACCACUCAUGCCUGAGUGGUCGGGUCUGUCCAGGUGCUGUGACUCACGUUGUGAUCUCAGAGGAGCUGCUGAAGGGCACAGGGAAGGGAGCCCAGGCCUAGAGGACUCCUGAAGCUGGUAUUUGCCCUGAGUUCUAAGAUUCUGUGCCCACACCCCUCUGUUGUCCUGGAAACGAAGACCCAGAUCUUUCUUGUGGUUUUUAAAUCCUCUCUGUAUCAGUGGCUGUUUCCCACUUAAGUUUUCUGUUCCCGCAAUGCAGGCUUGUGGUUACAGGAUCCUGAACAGAGCUGACAGCAUUUCCAGAAAUGGGGAAUCAUGGAGAAAUAAAAUUUUAAUGGAAUGGGACAGCUGGGGGAGUGGAGAGUGAUUUUUUAAAUACUCCAUUUUGCUAUAAGACCUAAAAUUGUGAAAUAACUGGGUUGAUCUUAAAAUCGGCGUGUUACAUCUAUUUAAGUCCUCAGAAAAUUACUUUUUUCCUUUUCUGAACGUUCUUGUGUCUAGUGCUAGGGAUCUGUGGGAACCCAGGAUGCCAGGAGGCACCCAGAGCUUGCCAGGGCCCAGGGCUAGAAGUGCCCACCUCCCCCAAAGUCUCAAGCCCAGCCAGCUGUUGAGCCUCUGCUCUUACCUGGGAGAUUCUAUUGACAGGUUGGCAAGGCAAUUGCCAGGUCCCAGGGUCAAAGGUCACAGCCUGGACAGUAAACAUGCAGAUUGCUUGAUUCAUCCUCAGCUUCCUGGGCUCUGCAGCACUAGCUCUAAGGAGGGCAGUAGAGUUGACUUUUCAGAGGCCAGGGCUGAUGGGUCCAGAGGACAGCCAGCCCUGGGUCCCUCUUCCUUCCGGCCCCAGCCUCGCUGGCCAGGCCUUGGCUCCCUAGUGUGCUCCCCUCUUCAAACUCAAGCUUGUCGGCCAUCUUCCCUGUCUCUCUGCUCAUCUUUGCUCCUCAUCAGACAUUAGAUCCGUAGAGCUAGAUGCUUGGGCUGUGUCAGGCCUGAGCCCAGAAAGAGGCUGGGUGGGGCCCUGGUCAAGCAGGUGGGUCCAGGUGGGGAAGAGGGAGCCGUUUCUCCAUGGGUCCUUGUCCCCAGUCGCAGGUUUGUUCUCCAGGAUACCAAGAGUCAGAGGGUAGAUGCCCUAGCUCUGGUUUCUCACGUUGGUUCUCAGCUGGGUAGGUGUUUCAGAGCUAGGAGGUUGGGGUGGGGCUAGUGGCCAUGUUUUUCUUCUUCCCUGCAGGAGUAGAGUGAGGCAUCUAGUUAGGUAGCUUCUUUCCCAGAAAAGGCCUGAAUUGGGCAAAUACAGCCAGUAGUUGGGGAAAGGAGGGGGGAAAGGAAAAGAGAGCAGGGAGGAAGGAGGCAGAUAGUGGCAUUGGCCACGUCUUUCAUCACCACCACCCUCUGCCUGGCAGGGCCCAGGAUGAGGGUCACUCUGGCAUUCCAGAAGAACAGUGCCUUCCUUCUCCCUGACCGGGCACUCCUGUCUUCCAUCUGCUAUGGCUGCUGCAGGUCAGAGCCUGAUAAUGUCUCUUGCUGAGCUCCGCGGAGAACAAGGCCCCCAUGUUGAGGAAGGAGGUCGCGCAGACCCUGCUUUGAGCUUUGGCCGUCCAGAAGGCUGCAGAGCGGCCCUCAGCUUGGGCGAGUCAUGGCCGCACUCCACUCCAGAGUGGCUCCCAGCAUGUGUCACUGUCACUCUGACCACAGCAACACCUGUCCUGCCCGCUCUGCACUCCUGCAUCCAUGGCAGCAAGGCGCCUUCUUACCCGCAUGGCCCCUAACCCCCUGCUCUGUUCUGUGACAGGCGCCCAAAGACCGCGCCGCUCCUGCCGCACCAACUGUUGAUGACACCGUGUCACCUGAUGGUGUCCCUCCCCGCUGUGCUAGUCCCCCCUGUGUCACUAGCAUGGCGUCAGUUCAGAGUCAUGAUGCAGAAAAUGGCCCUUUCCUCAUGGAUGAAAGCAAAUGUGUGUCAUCUACCGAGAGCCUGCGACAGCUAUCUCAGCAGCUCAAUGGUCUUGUGUCUGAGCCUUCAUCCUACAUCAAUGGAGAGGGCCUGGCAUCAUCUGCUAAUAUGAAGGAUCUGGAGAGCCGGUACCAAGAGCUAUCACUAGCCCUGGAUUCCAGCAAUCUAACAAACAAACAACUCAGUAGCAAGAUAGAGGAAUUGAAACAGCAGAACCAGGAAACUUUGGAUCAACUGGAAAAAGAGAAGAAGGAGUUUGAGCAGAAGCUUGCAAAGGAACAGGGCUCUCUAAGGGAGCAGCUGCAGGUUCACAUUCAGACCAUAGGAAUUCUCGUGUCUGAGAAAACUGAUUUACAGACAGCCCUGGCCCAUACACAGCAGGCGGCCAGGCAGAAAGCAGGAGAGUCUGAAGAUCUUGCUAGUCGCCUGCAGUCCUCCCGCCAGCGCAUUGGAGAACUGGAGCGCACCCUGUCUGCUGUCUCCACACAGCAGAAACAGACGGACAGGCACAACAAAGACUUAACCAAAGAGCGAGAUGCCCUGAAGCUGGAGUUAUACAAAAACAACAAAAACAACGAGGACCUGACGCAGCAGAACUCGGAACUGGACGAGAAGCUUCGAGUGUUGGUAAAUGAGAAGGCGGGCAUGCAGCUCAGGAUGGAGGAGCUGCAGAAGAAGCUGGAGAUGUCGGAGCUCCUGCUGCAGCAGUUUUCUAGUCAAUCGAAAACCCCUGAUAGCAGCCAGGAGUUACAGCAGGCCCUGAAAGACCGGGCACAGCUGGAGGCCCAUGUGGGGCAGCUGAAAGAUUCACUGAAGCAACUGCAACUGGAGAGAGACCGGUAUGCAAAGAAUCUGAAGGAGGAUAAUGCCAUUUGGCAGCAGAGGAUGAAGCAGAUGAAUGAACAGAUGCACAAAUUGAGGGAAGAGAAGGAGCACAGCGUGAGUCAGGUGCAGGAAUUGGAGGCCAGUGUGGCCGAACUGAAGAACCAGAUAGCGGUGCCCCCAGUUCCGGAGCCCCCAGCCGGGCCCUCGGAGGAGGAGCAGCGGCUCCAUGAAGAGGCUGAGCAACUGCAGAAGGAACUGGAGAUCCUGGCGGGGCAGCUGCAGGCCCAGGUGAAAGACAACGAAGGUCUGAGUCGCCUGAACCAGGAGCAGGAGCAGCGGCUGCUGGAGCUGGAGCGCGCCGCCGAGUGCUGGGGCGAGCAGGCCAAGGAGCGCAAGCAGAUCCUGGAGACCAUGCAGAAUGAUCGCACCACCAUCAGCCGCGCGCUCUCCCAGAACCGCGAGCUCAAGGAGCAGCUGGCCGAGCUGCAGAACGGCUUUGUCAGGCUGUCCAACGAGAACAUGGAGGUUACCACCGCGCUGCAGUCAGAGCAGCAUGUCAAGAAGGAGCUGGCCAAGAAGCUGGGCCAGCUGCAGGAGAAGCUGGGGGAGCUGAAGGAGACGGUGGAGCUGAAGAGCCGGGAGGCCGAGAGCCUGCAGCAGCAGCGGGACCAGUACGUGAGCCACCUGCAACAGUAUGUGGCCGCCUAUCAGCAGCACGUGGCCGCCUACCAGCAGUUGGCUUCCGACAAGGAGUUGCUGCACAAGCAGGUCCUGCUGCAGACCCAGCUCAUGGAUCGGCUGCAGCACGAGGAUGUUCAGGUCAAGGUGGCGGCCGAGAAGGCCCGCCAAGAGUUAGAGGAGACCCAGGGACGCCUGGAAGCUGCCACCCAGCAGAACCAGCAGCUCCAGGCCCAGCUGAGCCUCAUGGCUAUGCCUGGGGAAGGAGACGAACUGGACAGUGAGGAGAAGGACGAGGAGGCUGCCCGGCCCAAGCUGAGCAUGCCGGAGGGCCUGGAGAGCCGAGAGGCCAUGGUGGAAUUUUUUAACUCGGCCCUAGCCGGCGCCGAGGAGGAGCGGGCCCGGCUGCGCGGGCAGCUGAAGGACCAAAGGCUGCGCUGCCAACGCCUGGCUCACCUGGUGGCCCCGGGCCCGCGCGCGCCGGAGGAGAUGGCUGUGGCCCCCGGGAGCGGGGGCGACAGUGUGCCUGGGGAGACCCACCAGGCCCUCCAGGCGGCCAUGGACAAGCUGCAGAGCCGAUUUAUGGAGCUCAUGCAGGAGAAAGUGGAGCUGAAGGAGCGGGUGGAAGAGCUGGAGCAUCGCUGCAUCCAGCUUUCUGGAGAGACGGACACUAUUGGAGAGUAUAUAGCCCUUUACCAGAGUCAGAGGGCACUGCUCAAGGAGCGGCACCGGGAGAAGGAGGAGUACAUUAGCCGGCUGGCUCAAGACAAGGAGGAGAUGAAGGUCAAACUGCUGGAGCUGCAGGAGCUGGUGCUCCGCCUGGUAGGCGAGCGCAGUGAGUGGCAGGGCAAGUUCCUGGCCACUGUCCAGAACCCUGCUGGGGACCCCACUGCAGCGCCCCCAGCCCAAGAGCUUGGCGAUGCCAAUGGCCAGGGUGAUCUUCAAGAGGUGAGCCUGGCCGACAAUGAUGGUGUGGCACCUCCCCAGGGAGAGGUCCUGGUGGGCCGCAGUGCCCCUGAAAACCCCACCACACAGCAGAUCAUGCAGCUGCUGCAUGAGAUCCAGAACCCCCAGGAACGCCCAGGCUUGGGCAACAACCCCUGCAUCCCCUUCUUCUACCGGGCUGAUGACAAUGACGAGGUGAAGAUCAUGGUGAUCUAAGCACCUGUCACCAACAAGCAAAAUCUGAAGAAAUGGGGCCGGGGGCUCUGCCCCCACCCUCUCCCUACCACCCUAUCAUUCCUUCCCAGUUGCCCUUUUCUCCCUACGCUAGCAAGAUAGAACCCCUAAAGGGGUAUGAUAAGCCCCCUAAUGGGGGGAGACAAAUCGGUGCAGACCCACUUGCCACCUUGGCAAGAGCUGUAUCUUUAUAUCUGGACUGUUCAUGGUUCCAGAAAAAUAAAGAGCCGGAGGCUCAAUAGAUACAGAGUUUAUUUAGGAGGCUCCCUCUCGGGCUCCCUCUCUUGGGGAGCAGGGGCUCCCUGGUGACCUCCUCACCCCUACCAAGCAGUCCUUCAUUCAGAGGGGCUCAUGCAUCCUCUAUUCAGAGGCACUUUGGGGCACAAGUGCCCCCCCUGUCCCGCUAGACGACUGGGCAGCACUCUCCCAAGCCUCUCUGAGGCCCAGCAAAGGCAUAUAUAAGCUGCUGGCGGGGUAGGCUCCCCCCCUCAGUGUAUAUACUGUACUUCUGUAACAUUUUGUAUAUUCUGGAGAUCGGGCAGCCCCUGUAUCGUAGCAGAGGUUGGAGCUGGCAAAUGCGGAGCAAGUUCUAUUAAAUAUUUGGGGAAUGGGGACACUUAUUUAUUGAUAGCAUAAGACAGAGGAAGACAGAAGAAGGAGGCGGGGACGGGGUUCUGCCCUGGUGAUUCGACUCCUAUGGGUUUGCUUUUUAUUUCAGAAUAAAAGGAUUUAGCCAUA